AUGAAGGCUGCAAAGGUUGAAGAGGUUUCCAUCAGCAUGCUAGAGACAUGCCUCACUAAACCAGACUGCCUACAAGAGGUAGAAAAAGGUAAAAAGCUCCAAGAAAAAUGUCUCAGGCUCAUCUCCCCUGAGUCUCCUGCUAAGCUCUACUGCUGCUGUGCAGUGAUCAUGGUCCUCACUGCAGCUGUAGUUACACUUUCUGUUGCUUUUUCAGUUAGGGCGAGAGAACCAGACUUGGAAAUGUGUAGCCCUGGAUCUUACUAUGCCACCUGCCCAAGAAACUGGAUUGGAUUUGGAAGUAAAUGUUUUUAUUUUUCUGAAGACAUGAGAAACUGGACAUUCAGCCAGACCUCCUGCAUGGAACAAGAGGCCCAUCUAGCUCUAUUUGACAGCCUGGAGGAGCUGAAUUUCCUGAAGAGAUAUAAGGGCGCUUCUGACCACUGGAUCGGCCUGCACAGAGAGUCACCAGAGCACCCUUGGAGGUGGACAGACAAUACCAAAUAUAACAACUUGAUUCUCACCCAAGGAGGAGGAGAAUGUGCCUACCUGAAUGAAAGAGGGAUCAGGAGUGCAAGCAGCUACAUACAUAAGAAGUGGAUUUGUAGCAAGUCCAACAGAUACACUUCACAGUGCCCAGAAAUUUUGGACCCAGGCUAG